GUCAUACCGAUGGUAAACUGUCAACUGUCAUCUGAAAAGAAAAAUAAAGAAAAAUUUGUAAAACUUGAAGGCAAUUAUUCAGUAAAUUUUGUAAAAAUUGUAAUGCUAUCGGCCAGUAAACCCUUUCAUUAUCAAAAUUAAGCCGGCAUUGUAUAUUAACGUAAUUGUAGAGUGCGUCCAUAUCGGUUAAUAAAUCAGUUUAAGUGUUCGUUCCAAAUGUACGAUGUGGUGAACGAGAGAAUUGCUCGUAAUUUUAAAUGAAACAACGAAACUUCCGAAAUCAAUCAGUCACUUCCAUGAUGAUUUUAACGUCGUCACAGCUGUAGUCCAAUCUUCGCGAAAAACAAAAACUUCAGCAUCCCAUACUAACGCUGCGCUUUACCUUUGGGACAUCAACCGAAAAGAGGGCCUAUGUCGACACAAAUAUCUCCCAAAAAGAUGACGAUCACCAAUGACCAACAGAAACCGUUUCAAUGCGCCAUCUGCGAGAAAACAUUUCGUCAAUUAAGCACGCUAACAAAUCACUUUAAAAUCCACACAGGAGAAAAGCCAUUCAAAUGCUCAACAUGCGACAAAAAAUUCCGUCAGUCCAGCACUCUAACAAACCAUUCAAAAAUACAUACGGGAGAGAAGCCUUUUUGCUGCAAUUUUUGCCAUAAACCGUUUCGACAGCUCAGCACACUAACUAAUCACCAAAAGAUUCACACCGGCGAAAAGCCGUUCGAGUGUGCCGUGUGUAAAAAGCAAUUCCGUCAGUCGAGUACGCUAAACAAUCACAUAAAAAUCCAUGUGGGCGACAAGCCGUUUAUGCAAGAAAUGCAAGAACUGCAAAAUUUGCACAAUCAACAGCAGCAAGGCGAUCAUAUCCUGGUAAUGAGUGGUCAUUUGGACGCAUUAAAAACGGAAGCCGAUUUGAUUGUCGAUAAUGUUGAUCAACAGGCACAGCAUAUUGUGGUGCAAAUGGAACAUUCGAAAGCGGAACCAGUAAAAUCGGAAGCGAGUACAUGAUUGAAAGUAUGUGCGAAUCGGGAUGCGGAUGAGAAAAACUUAGGAGAAUGAAAAGAAACGACACAGCGCCCCUCCCCAAAUUGAUGCUCGAAUUGUGAGUAUACUUUUUCGUUUGUUUUUCUUUUUAUUAUUUCUUUUUCUAUUAUUAUUUGAACACUUUAGUACUUAAGUUUUGUUUUACUAAAGAAAGAGAAGAGAGAGGAGAAAAAAAACAUUUGAUCAGUUAGACAAGAAGUUGUAAAUAAAAUAAGAAAUCGGAUUAUGCCGAAAUUCUAUUGACGUUACAUCCACUAAUUUUAAUGAAGAGAAUACCUUUACUACAAGAAAUACCUUCGUAAGAGAACACAUUAUAAAUAAAGAACUGAAAAUGUAAUUGUACAGCAAACCGACGAUUUUUCUAUUUAAAAC